UGCUCCCUUGUGACAUCUCGAGCUUGUUCGGUUUCGAUAGCUGUCGUCGUCAAUAUCACUUUACUGAGCUUCGCCACACAGUAUCACAGCGCAAUUACAACCGUCUCUCACUAGGACAGUCAUUCUGCUGUGUCUUUUCACGACACAAUUCCCUCCCCACCAAACGGCAGCAUGGAGAAAGAAGUGCUGCUUACAGAAGAACCCCAAACGGAUCCAAUCUCACAGCGCAGCAGCUAUCAUGACGAGACCGAUUCUGCCAACUACACGGUGGAAGUGUUAUCAAAACGCAAAGCGCGUCACGGCCGGAUAUGGUCAACUAUUGCGAAGAUGGCGCUCAUACCGGCCGCUGUCGUGAUAUUCUACCUCGGAAGGGCUACCCACGACAUGACGCCCGGGUACCCUCCCGAGCCGGUUUCCCUAGGCAAAUGCUCCCCGGACUGGAAGGUAUCCAAAGCCCGCGGCUGCGUGUACGACUUCGUACUCUCGACGUGGAUGCACCCGCGAUGCUUUAACGAGGACAUGCACGAACGGUACCUCGGCUACAUGAAGUGGCGGAACACGACGUUCUGGUACGAGCGAGAGCGGAUCAACGAGGUCCCCUUCGACGUGGCGGCCAAGGGCGAGCACGGGGAGAUAUUCACAGACGGCACGGUUCACCACAUGCAUUGCAGCUACGUCUGGGACAGGAUCACGUAUGCCUCACACUUCAACCCCCGGGUUCUCGACUCCCUUUGCAGAGAUCCGAAACACGUCGAGCACUGCAUCUUGUACAACGGGAUCCCUCAGUCUUGGGAGAUUGACUUGCCAAACAUCACGCGAGUCUACAACGAGCCCCAUGAAGUAGACUGUUUGAUUGGAUAAGGGGUUUGAUUGUUCUUCGACGGAUCU